CAUGGCGGCGCUGUACGAGGCGUACACGCUGUGCGGGCUCGUGCUAACGCAGAACUCGGCGCACUCGGGGAUUCAGGGGAUCGAACCGGACGGAGACGCGGACCGCGUGAUCGUUACCGACUGCGCGCGCUCUGUCACCGUGUACAAGGUUUCUGAUCAGAAGCCGCUGGGCAGCUGGGCAGUGAAACAGGGUCAGCGUUUGUCCUGUCCUGCUGUCUAUAAUACACAGACCAAUGAAUAUGUGGUUGUUACAGAUGAGAAGGUAAUUAGAGUUUGGAAAGAUGAUGAACUCAGUCUUGACAAAGCCUUCAAAGCAACAGUAUCAGCUGAGAUCUACAGGGUGCACUCAGCCCCAGAGCAGGAGCCGGUCGUUCUGUUUCGAUGCGGUGCUGUCAGACAACUCGACUCGCUCCUCGCUGCUCCUCAGCAGCACGUAGAGGAGGUGCUGUCACAGGAGGAGGUCAUCAGGUGGAGUAAUGCAGUGCAGGCAAACCAGCGACUCAUCCUUCUUUUUAGCACAGAGCAGAAAGGAGAACACUUCCUGUAUGUCCAGAGGUUCAAUCCUAACACUCUAUCGAAGCACAGGUUGGAGAUGGAGCCUGGAGAAUCGGCUCCCCUCAGCUACACCGCCACCUACAGAGACGGAAACAUACACCUGCUUUACCUGUUACGUAGCGGUGGUGUGUAUGAGAGCAUCCUGGUAGCUCAGCCUGUGGUUUCUUCGCCGGAUGAAGAAAUUCACCCUCUGCCACGCUCUCUGCUCUUACAGCUGCCCGCUGGAGACGAUGAGCUGAGCUGUGCCUCGCUCCUGCCUCUUAACCAGGCUUACCUGGCUGUGCUGGGAGUACCACAUCCCUCAGCCAGAACUGGGAAAGAUUUCCUGUGCCUCUGGAAUACACACUUUCAGACUCUGCAGGCUGCCAGAGAACUCCCAGGCAAAAUAUAUGGGCAGAUGUGGUGUUACUCCAGCAAGCUGUUUGUGUGUCAUGGGAAAACCCUCUCUGUGAUUCCCUUUGAGUGUGAGAAGUCCUCUCUGGCCAAUGCCAUGGGGAAGCUGAGACAGACCAGCGCUAACGAGGGCAAGGGUCCAGCAAUUGUACCAUCCUGGAACGACCUGCUUCAUGGCAGCACGACGCAAACACACAUGCAAUCAAAGACCCGGAGUUUGUCCACACGCAGGACUAAGACGAGCUCAAAGUGCCAGCAGUGUCCAACAGUCGAGCAGAUGACUGAGAACAUAAAGACAAGCGAUGUACAGGAGGUGGAGAGACAGGUGCAAGAGUUUCUCAGUGGAACGGAGCAGGAAGCGUUACAGCUCUCGGCCGGAAGGUUGGCGUGCGAACUAGUUGCACGGGGUCAAGAAGAACCCGAGUUCUACCCACACACUGCCCUCCUGCAGCUGGUCGACACACACUACCUCUGCCACAGCGUGUGUCCUGACCUGCUGAUGCUGGCUUUAGAGAAAAGUGACUUCCGCCUUUGUCAGCUCUGCCUGCAGCUCUUUCCUGAUAUUCCUGAAGCUGUUACCUGCGCCUGUCUGAAAACUAUCCUUAGUAUCCCAGACACAGAAUUGGAGCACAUGGAUCUUGAAGCAGACAGUCUGCUUUUCAUGAAGGCUCUCGCCCAAAGUCCCGACUCAAGCGCAGACCAGCCCAACGGCUUCUGUCCUCCCCCAGCUGACGAGGAAAGCUGUGACGUGCCUUCAGAAACCCUAGCUCUCAGCUCCAAACCCUGCAGAGACCCAUUAACUCUGGAUAUGAGCUGUCCUGUGGGAAUAAACAAAGGAGCCCUACUUAACGAGGUUCUGCAGACGCCGUACAGUGACAGUCUUCUCCUUCCCCAUCUAAAAGACCUCAGCGUCUCACAGGUUAUACUCCUCUUGCAGUACCUGAGGUUCCUGUACCUAAAAUAUUCUCAAGAUGCUCACUCUCGGAUCCGCACCUUACGAAUGCCAGCCAUAAAUCAGAUUUUGGAUUGGGUGUGCUUGUUGCUCGACGCUCACUUUACAGUUUUGGUUUUGGCUCCUGAAGCUAAAAGUUUGCUCUCCGGCCUUCACAAGUUUGUAAGAUCACAGGUGAAGUUGUACUCCGAACUGGGAAAGAUUGAAGGAAGCCUGGAAGCACUCAAACAAUCCAAGCAGUCCCAAGAGAUGGGCCAGUAUUCAAUAGAGGUGCUCGAGCUCUUUUAGUCAACCUGUACAGACGCUUUUUAAUAAAACAAUGAUAAUGACCUUCA